GGCGGGGUGCGGACACGCCCCUCUCGCUGCUUCCGGCAGCGGCGGGCGGUUCCCGCGGCUGGGGGCCGUUGGGGUUCGCGCCGGCCGGGGUGUACGGCGCCGCGGCCGCCAUGCAGCUGACAGUGAAGGCGCUCCAGGGCCGCGAGUGCAGCGUGCAGGUGUCGGAGGACGAGCUGGUAUCCACGCUGAAACAUCUGGUCUCCGAGAAGCUAAACGUCCCCGUAUGCCAGCAGCGGCUGCUGUUCAAGGGCAAGGCCCUGGCAGAUGGAAAAAGACUCUCCGAUUACAGCAUUGGGCCCAAUUCCAAGCUCAACCUAGUGGUCAAACCUCUAGAGAAGGUGUUACUGGAAGAAAGCGCUGCCCGGAGACUGGCUGAAGCCCCGCCCCCAUCCCCGUCCGCCUGGCAGCUGAUCUCCAAAGUCUUGGCCCGGCACUUCAGUGCUGCAGAUGCCAGCAGAGUCCUGGAUCAACUACAGAGGGAUUAUGAGAGGUCCCUCAGCCGCCUGACACUGGAUGACAUUGAACGCUUGGCUAGCCGCUUCCUGCACCCCGAAGUGACUGAAGCUAUGGAGAAAGGGUUUUCCAAAUAGGAUUCCGGGAGUGUGGGGAAGAGCCUGGCUGGGCCACAAGCUGCAUGUAGCAUUAAAUGUGUUCUCAUGUUGCAA